AUGAUUCACGGUCCCGCUGCGGGGCGCUCAACCACCUUUGCACCAGAGGGCACUGAGAAGAAAAUGGGGGACGACAAGCUCGAGAGCCAAAUUGGAGAGGCCAGUGAUGCCGAGAGCGAUUUUGGGUAUACAAAAGAGGAGCAGAGGAAAAUCAUCCGCAGAAUUGACCUUCGGCUGGUCCUCACCGUUGGUGCCAUGUAUUGCGUCAGUCUCAUGGACCGAACAAACAUGAGUGCCGCCAACAUUGCUGGCAUGAGUGUUGAGCUCAAUCUGAUUGACAAUCGAUAUAACAUUGCGAAUCUUGCUUUUUUCGUGACAUAUAUUAUUUUCCAGCCUCCAUCCACUAUCCUCGUGCGAGCAAUUGGACCGCGAGCCCACCUUGCAACAAUAACACUUCUUUGGGGAGCAGUCGUGAUUGGAAUGGGUUUCGUCAAGGAUUUCCCACAACUCGCAGCCCUCAGGGCCGUGCUUGGUCUCUUUGAGGCAGGCUUCUUCCCAAGCUGCGUUUACUUGCUCAGCACUUGGUAUACUCGAUAUGAGGUUGGAAAAAGAUACUCGGUUUUCUAUGUCGUUGGGAGUGUAGCAUCUGCCUUCUCUGGCAUUUUGGCUUACGGCCUUAUGCAACUCAAUGGACGGGAGGGCCUCACGGGUUGGCGUUGGAUUUUCAUCAUCGAAGGCGCCCUUACUUGUUGCCUGGCAGUUGCCAGUUACUGGCUUCUGGUCGACUUCCCCGACUCCAUCCGCAAGUCUUGGAGCUUCCUCAAUUUACGCGAGCGGGAGUGGAUCGUAAGUCGUGUCCAACGUGACAGAGGUGAUGCUAAAGUUGCGCCAUUCAACCUAGUCAAGUUAAUUCGAGGUGGUGCGGACUGGAAGAUUUGGGCCUAUGCCAUGAUCUUUUUCAAUUCUACCACAAUGAGCUAUGCUCUUGCUUAUACUCUACCCAUCAUCCUUGUUUCUAAUUUGGGGUUCUCGGUGGGCGCUGCUCAGUGCCUCGUUGCCCCCCCCUAUGCUUUUGCCGGCAUUGUCAUGUUUACUAUGGGCUGGCUUGGAGACAAGUAUCGUGUUCGGGGGCCCAUCAUUGUUGGCAAUAUGCUACUGUGCAUUAUUGGACUGCCAAUCAUGGGCUGGCACUCCAGGGCUGCCGUGCGAUACUUUGGUGUUUUCCUAGUUACGGCCGGCGCGAAUAGCAACAUUCCUGCCGUGAUGUCUUUCCAAGCCAACAAUGUGCGUGGCCAGUGGAAGCGAGCCUUUUGCAGUGCCACGCUCGUUGGCUUUGGCGGCAUUGGCGGCAUUUGCGGCAGUCUUGUGUUCCGAGAGCAGGACAAACUUACUGGUUACAAACCUGGCAUAUACACAUGCAUCGCAUGUGCGCUACUCAAUAUCAUUUUGGUUGGCGCGUGUGACUUGGAGUUUUUCCGACAGAAUAAAAAGGCUGAGAGGGGCGAGAAGUUGCUGGAGAGUGAAGAGAAUGUAAGCCUGCGCUCUGCCCGUCUUAUGCGCUCCGAUGGUGCCAUGGAAGCAUAA